AGAGAAGCCCCCAGUUCAUGCCGCCAACAUGCAACGUCGGCGACGGCGGCAGGUUCCUGUCUCCUGCCAACUUUGUCGCACCAUGAAGCUAAAGUGCGAUCGGGAACAGCCGUGCUCAAAUUGCUCGACGCGUGGAGUUACAUGCGAGAGAGUACAUGCUGUGCCUCCAUCGGUCCAACCAGCUCUCCCAAAUAGCACCCAUAAUGAUGUCUUGGCCCGCCUGCAGAGACUAGAAGACAUUGUUCUCCGAUCUCAUGGGGCUGAUGACAGACAGAACAUUCCUUCAGCAAGUGUCACGGUUGUGGCUCCUCCGUCGUAUAUUUCCGAUGGUGAGAGUGAUACCAGGUGGCUGGAAGGCGUUGGCAGUCGUGAGGCCUCAAUCAUAUCAGGUUUGUCCAACAGAACCUCUUUUAGCAUCAUAUCUCUUGAGCGGGCGUUGCCCACCAUAAUCUCUGGACACUCGCCUGGCAGUAACGCAGGGUCGGGAAGCACAGUGAUGAGUGUCUGGCUGCUCCCCGAAGAUGAAGCCACCUGGCUGCUUGAGCGCUACACAGAAUACAUAGCAUUUGUACAUCAUGUUGUCCACAUACCCUCUACUCGCCUUAUUCUGGAGGGCGCGUACAAACGACUGUCGCUCGGGUUGAGCGUUGUGCCUGGCCAUGUCGCCCUUCUAUUAAGUAUCUUUGCUACCACCGCAUAUAUGCUGGAGCCAAAGACUGCCGACUCACUAUUUCUCAAUCAAGCAAACGCUAUAAGUUGCGCUAUUCUCUGGACGAAAGCGGCUCUCGAUAUCCUGGAAUACUCUCGUCGCAAUACUCAUGGCUCGAUAGAGGAUGUCCAGGCAACAAUCAUUUUGUCAUUCAUGAUUUUUAAUGUCGAGGGAUUUUCUCCAAGGUUCCGUGCAAUGAGCAGUAACGCUCUGAUCAUGGCAAAAGACUUGUCGCUCCAUCGUAUCGAUGCAGACAUUUCUAGAUGUAAAGAAAGCCCCGUACAGAUGGAGAUUAAUAGACGGAUAUGGUGGCAUCUGGUUGCGACAGACUGGUUUUUGUCACUAUCAGGUGGCUCCCAGCAAGGAACGUACUCAAUACAUCCUAAGCAUAUGUGCGUGAACCAUCCACGUAACAUUGAUGAUGUGGAUCUAGAGCAUCCCGACCUGGAGUACAGCCUCCCAUUAUCGCAGCCAACGCCAAUGACCUACUACAUACUGCGAAUCAAGCUGGCAGAAAUGUCUCGCAUCGUAAUAGAUACGCUGCCCCUUUCACCCUCAGACUGGCCGACGGUGAGCUACGACACCAUCAUGUCAUUGGACAGGAGAUUCGAUGACUUCCUGCGGGAUCUUCCCAUAUUCUUCCGACAUGAUGAAGCAAGUCGUCAGCAGAGCCGCGAUGUUGACCGCCAGUAUCCUCAAAUAAUUUUUCAACGAUACAUCAUAGGCAGCAGCUUUUAUUCCUGUCGAGCCAAACUGAACCAGCCAUUCCUUACUCGUAUAUCGAUGGACGAGCGCUACAGUUAUUCUAGAAAUGUCUGUCUGCAAUCCGCUCGAAGUAUAAUCAACAUGGACAAAUUGAUAAGCCAGGAUGCCGGCCUUCUUUCAUCCGUGCACGUACGGUUAGCUACAUUUCUCUGGACCUUCUUCUCAGCCACCGCUGUCCUUGUUAUGGAUUUAUGUAUUAAUAAAGAUGAAGACAACGAAGGCCGGCGACAAGAGGUUAUGGAGGCAUGCGGUGUGCUGAAGCAGGCGGAGGAAACAUCUCCUGUCGCUGGUCAGUUUCUGAAGUCACUUAUUAAUAUCCUCCACAAGUACCAUAUCCAGGUCUCGCCAGCUGUUACUCCGCGACCUGUGCCAACGGGAAGUUGCUCACAUCUGAGUCCGGCGACCCUGUAUCCAACAGUGCCAAGUACGAUAGAUGGCAACGACAUGUGGCCCAGUUAUCUCGAAGGAAUGGGGAAUUUUGAUAGGAUGUGGCAAAGUUUCAUCGACCUCGGAGACUCAGAUGUUGUUACCAAUUGGGAUGAUAUGUUCUCUGCCCUCGAUGCUAGGGCUCUGUAGCAUCGAGCUACUCUAUUAAAUGGGGGUGUGUGUCUAUCUUCUCCAGCUCUAUCAGUCGCCAAAAUUCUUCUAUGGGUUCAUUUCGCUGGUGUGUACAGUAGCUACGGGUUUUCAUUCCAUAGUGAUCAUUAUGUAUAGCUCCCUAGGAUAUGUCAGAAGCUCAAUCCAGUGAUACAACCAUAUAA